CAAACACAUUGCCAUGUCCUUUAGUAGCAUAGAGCCAAUUGUGUUAAACUCCUGCACCUCAUGUUCGUUAUAGAUUACAAGGAAAAUCAGGCUCUGUCACUUUUCAGCUUCUGGGUGGCUUCUUAACUUUCAAGAAGUGAAGAAAGCUGAGCGGACAGAAAUGAGGGGGGGAAAAAAACCUAGGUGAAUUCAGAAGAGACCUCGGGUCUCAGGUGUUUUGGUGGCCAAGUGGUCCUAGGGAAGGAGGAAAAAAAUCAUUCCAGUUACUUUCUUUAGUUAGGGAACAAAGCCUAACAAUUAACAAACAAACAAACAAUUAACCCUUUAAGUGACCAGUUCACAUAGGCAGUUUAAAACUAGGGUCAUGAGCUUUUACUUUGUAAAAUUUUGUUCAAUACUCUUGUAGUUGUGGUAAAGCUUAUGUAUCAAUUGAAAGUUUCUAACUGUCUGUUUUAGAAGGGCCCUUACUUGCUGUCCACUAAAUGAGUAUUUUAUUUUAUUUUAUUUGGGCUAGCGUUUCAAAAAAGUACUUAGAACAAACAGACUUAAACUAGGGGAAUAUUUCAGAAUGGAAAAUGUGAUAGAGUUCUAAAGCUUUAGGUACAGUUCUUUUCCAGUGUCCUUGUCUUUUCACUUUUGUCUUGCUUAGCUGCACGACUCUGGUUUUGUGAAUGUAUUUUGCAGGCAAAAGAUUCCUGAUGCCAGUAGACAGUACCUAUGACACAAAACUGCAAUAAUUCAAGAUCCUGUGGAGAAGUCGAUAACCUGCCUGAGGCUUAUGGAGUUAAACCUUCUAGCAAAGCACUUCCUUCAAUAGGGAACAGUGAAAUCUCUCUCUCUGAGAAGGAAAAAAAAGAGAUCUUGUAAUAUGUAAAAACAAAAUGGAUAUUGACACUUACUUCCUCUAGGAAGUCACAGUGGCUUUCCAGUCCCUUCAUAAAAAGUCUCUGGAUGGCAGACUCUGAAAAGAAAUGCUGUUUUAAGAGACACCAAAGAUGCUAACGAGGAAGAUUAAGCUUUGGGACAUUAACGCCCAUAUAACUUGUCGUCUGUGCAAUGGAUACCUGAUUGAUGCUACCACUGUAACAGAAUGCUUACAUACUUUCUGUAGAAGCUGCCUAGUGAAGUAUUUGGAGGAAAACAACACCUGUCCAACAUGUAGAAUUGUUAUACAUCAGAGCCAUCCAUUACAGUAUAUUGGUCAUGACAGAACAAUGCAGGAUAUUGUUUACAAACUUGUACCAGGCCUCCAAGAAGCGGAAAUGAAAAAGCAGAGGGAGUUCUACCACAAACUGGGCAUGGAAGUACCAGGGGACGUCAAAGGGGAGACAUGUUCUGCAAAGCAGCAUCUGGAUUCCCAUCGGAAUGGUGAAACUAAAACAGAUGAAAAUUCAAACAAAGAAACGUCAGAGGAAAAACAGGAAGAAGAUAAUGACUAUCACCGAAGUGAUGAACAGGUAAGCAUCUGCUUGGAAUGCAAUAGCAGCAAAUUGCGUGGAUUGAAGCGAAAAUGGAUUCGCUGCUCAGCCCAAGCAACAGUCUUGCAUCUAAAGAAGUUCAUUGCCAAAAAACUUAACCUUUCUUCUUUUAAUGAGCUGGACAUAUUAUGCAAUGAAGAGAUUCUUGGCAAAGACCACACACUCAAAUUUGUAGUUGUUACUAGAUGGAGAUUUAAGAAAGCACCUCUACUGCUGCAUUACAGACCCAAAAUGGACUUGCUGUAAGAGAACUUUAUUGUCCUUCUGGACAGAGUUUUUUGCAGAGACUAUCAUCUGGCACCUUCUUAGUGCAUCACUAGUCACAUGACACAAACCAGCUGAAUAAUUUUGGAAGACUAUAGUGCUUUCAUAGAGGACUGUCCUUCUGAAUAUGUCUUCUAGAGAUGCGUUACCUGGAUUGCUAGACAGAAAAUAUUUAUACUUUUUUGUACGAAAGAAAUAAAUCACGACUCAACAAGACACUACCAGCACUAAGUUUACAGAUACUGACAAUACUUAACAGUUCCAUGUAGCUCAGCCUGAUUUGUUUCUUUGCAGCUACACAGAAAUAAGUUAAAAUGUUGUGCAGUGAUUUUAAAAUGUUGCUUUUGACACCAAAUUGCAUUUAGUUAUUUUUUCAUGUCUUGAAACUUUUAGGAAUUUGAUCCACUAUAUUUUUGCAAGAUGUUCCUGUCUUUAGUAUGACUGAUUACAUUGGCUUUCAUCAAGGUUUUCCUGCAGAGCAUUGGCCAUACCUAAUAAUAUAGUGAGUGAGUGGUGAUAUUUAUUUUUGCUGCAUUGAAAAAUUUCUGAAAAUCUAGGAAUCUCAUAACCUGUUACUUUUGCCCAAUGAUUGCUCUCUUAUACUUUGUGUUUUAGUAAAGCUUUGGUAUCCCCUUUGCAUGCUGAUUCGAUAAGGUUAAUAGAAACAAGCUCAAUUGAUUUAAUGUGCCCUGAUAUUUUGCUGCGGCAUAAAUUGCACCACAUCACAACAAAUACUCAAAAAUACUGAAUUGGUGAACUCUUAACAAUAAACGUGUCUUAAAGAGUGGAGGCUUGCAGAAAUCAGUUUUUACUUAAGAUAUAAUUUGCUCUCACUAGGUAUUGAAACCGUGGCUGUUGGGCAACACUGGUGAUAUUGCAGUUUUCACUUCACUGACUGCAAGUUGCUCAGUGGAUUGCUGACCAGCUUUGUAUUUUUAUUUUACCAUUUUUCUAAUAAAACCACAACAUUUUCUUUAGUGCAAUUACUAACUAUAUUGGUCAGACUACAUUAUAGUAGCGCCUUCUGGCCUUAAUUGUUAAAUUUGCUUGUGUUGGCCCUAAUGGAUGCAAGCUAACAUACGUACGUGUAUGUGUUCGUAUAUGUGUGUGUGUAAAUAUGUAUACACACAUAUAUCUAUAUUUGUUACAGAACCCACCCUCAGUAGUGCUUAGCAGGGUUCACUGCACUGUUUGAAAGCUUUUUGAAAUAGCUUUUUAAAAGCUAGAAUAAUUGAAAGUGAUUUCUGCAAGCUGUAUACUGUAUAGCAUAUAUAGUAUGGAUGUGAGUGAAUUUGUCUGGCACAGGGGUCAAGUCACUGAAAAUAGGCUAUGCAGUGUUUUUGGCAGCUGGAAGUUAUUAACCCUCUUACUUUUGAAAGUGCUUUCCCGUCAGCUAAAAAUGCUGGUUUCUAUAUAUAUAUUACUUAAACUCUGUUAUUGUUUGAUAAAAUAUCUUUGGAUAAAAAAAUCAGUUUGCCUGUUAACACUGCUUCCUCCAGCUGUGUUUCUUCCCCUCUUCCACAAGAAAGUAUUACUUAAAAUAUUACUUGACAACAGGAAGCUGAUCCUACCGAAGGUUUAUCCAAGCAUUGUAAGUCCUCUUACCUCUUCUCGCGUUUUCAAAGCACCUCAUUCCUCAGCAUGUCUCCCACACUAUCCUUCUGUAGAAUCUUCAGUCCUCCUUUCCUAGCUCUGCUGCUGCUGGAGGGAUGCUCCAGCUUCUGUUGUUUAUCUUUGAAAACAGGUUCCUUAUUUUUAUUUAUAAUCACAGAUAUGAAUGGGAGGAAAUCACAAGGAAUGCAAGCAGAGAAAGAAACAGAGCCUUCUGCACUAUGGGGAUGGAAAGGAGGCCGCACUAAGGCCAAAAAGGGCUGCUGUCUCUGUAAAUGAGGACUUGAGAUAGCCACGUUUGACUGUCUGGGUUAAGCAGAACUUUUCCACAUCGAGACCUUGUGUGUGUGUGUGUGUGCGUGUGUAUCUCUAUAUGUGUCUGUGUGUGUCUGCGCACGCAUGUGUAUGAGCAGUGGAAUUAAAACUUGGCUCUGGUUUUGCCUUACUGUGUCAGGACUCACUUACCUACAUUUGAGCUUUUAUCUGUAGUUAGCAUUAAUUGAAGUGGUAGAAGACGACAGGUGACAUAACAGGAGUCUUCAUUUUUUUCUAAUAUUUUCUUAAAGCAGUGAAUACAGGUGGUAUGGAUGAGUGUAUGAAUUGACAUGCUGGGCCUUUCUAGAGCUGUUCAUGUGGUUAUCACUGUCCCAGUGUAAAUAGGGAUUGAUUGUAGCCAGUGAGGCCCAAAGAAUGCGAACAUGGCUUUAAAUGUCCAUCCUCUGUGCGCCCUGAGCAUACAGACACUGGCUUUAUCUGAUGUAGACAUAGAAUUCAAGCCCACAGACAGCAUCCUGAUUAAGGUGGUUCAGCUACAGUCUAAGGGUUGAAUAAAAACAUAAAUACAUAAAUAUAUGUAUACACAUAUGUGUAUAUA